CAGUCAUGUCAGCAUUAAUACAAAGUAUUGUACGGCAAGCGAAAAUUACGUUUUUAAAGAAACCAUGCAACGAAACAGAAGUCAACAAGCUUUACAAACUAGUGCAACAACUGACGGCAGCAGACGUGGGCAUCGGAGACGCGCUGUUCAAGCGCCUGCCCCAAUAUCCAGCACCAGUGCUUUUCAUCCCUGUCUACGACCAUGAAGAUUUCACGAUCACAAUUUUUGUGCUCAAACAGGGCCGGAGAAUCCCGAUGCACAACCAUCCAGGAAUGACGGGGAUCCUCAAAGUUCUCCUUGGUACCGCGCGGGUGGAGUCCUUCUCCCCGAUCCCUCCACCUUCGCAGAGUGCGUUCUCCUAUUUUUUCGGAAAGAAACCUAAACCCGGGACCUAUGCUCUGCGGCACGAUCCGAUCUCAGUGUCGGCGUCCGACGACCCAUGCAGACUCGCUCCGGAACGAGGGAAUAUCCAUGAGGUUUUAGCUGGUGAUGGUCCGGUGGCUUUCCUAGACGUUCUCGCACCGCCUUACCACAACGGUGAAAGAGACUGUGUAUACUUCAAAUUACUGCCAGAUGACGAGAAUUCGCCGAACGAGAAGUGCUUUCUCCGGGAGAUACCCGCCCCAGAAGACUUCUGGUGCAACACACUGUCGUACGAGGGCCCCACCAUCGAGGAGAACUAGUAUUGUACAUUUCUUUGAAGACUCUAGGGUUGGGAAGUCUCGCUGCACGUACUUCGAGAAUUCCGCCCCCGAGAUGCUACAAACCUCGAUGAAGCUUCCUCAAGCCGGAUAAACGUGACGUCUACGCAAUUGAGGUCAGAGAGCGUUGAUCCAGGUGUUUCCUUCCCGAAAAAUAGAAUCGAACGAAAGCUCGAACCUAAGACCCGGUUCGGAGUUGACUCAAGAUUUUCAGUAAGCGACCUGUUUGUUCAUAUUCGCCGACGACUGUGUCGAAUCGAUGAACGACUCCGCGCGGUAACGCUCAAGGAGGAGCUUGUGAUACAAAAUGUAUGUCUGUAUGUAUCGUGAAAGAAAUUAUCCAAUAAAACCGAAAGUUUAAUAUUUUCCCACACC